CUGCGGGGCGCGAUCCGGGAAGAGGGAUUCCGUCUCGGGUUCUCCGCGGUCGGAUUCGCCCCACCUCGGAUGCCCGAAGCCGGCCGGCAGUUCGAAAAGUGGCUGGACGAUGGGAACCACGGGACCAUGCACUGGAUGGCCACGGAUCCCGGCCGGCGGAGCGACGCCACGAGGACACGGGUUCGCGACGGGAACGAUUCGGCCGCAUUGCCAGAGCGGACCGUCGUGGCCUGCGGACUCAACUACUACCAGGGGGGUCCGGCCUCCGCGCCCUCCGGCGGCGGGGUGGUUUCCCAAUACGCUCAAGGCGAGGACUACCACCGGGUGCUGGAUUCGAAGCUCCGCGCCCUUACGGCGUUCGCCGAAGCCCGCGCCAUCAAAGCCGGCCUGCUGCCCGAGCGCUCGCCGGGCGCGCGCCGGCGCAUCCCGACCCUCGUGGAUCACGGACCGCUGCUUGAGAAGGCGUUCGCGGAACGGGCUGGCCUGGGAUGGAUCGGCAAGCACUCGAACGUGAUCGCCACCCGGGGCAGCUCGUGGUUCUUCCUCGGGGAAAUCCUGUUCCCGGUCGCCCUGCCGCCGGACGAUCCGCACCCGAACCGUUGCGGGAGCUGCACCCGCUGUAUGACCGCCUGCCCCACGGGCGCCAUCGUCGAGCCCUACGUCGUCGACAGCCGGCGCUGCAUCUCCUACCUGACCAUCGAACUCCGUGGUCCGAUCCCGGUUGAGUUUCGGAAAGCGAUCGGCGACCGCAUCUUCGGGUGCGACGACUGCCAGGAUGUCUGUCCCUGGAAUCGCUUCGCUGAGAAGGCCGUAGAACCCCGCCUUUCCCCCUCACCGGACGGCCUCCACACCGAGACGCUCGUCGCUCUCCUCCGGUUGACGCCCGAGGAGUUCCGCACCCGCACCCGGCGGAGCGCCGUCCGCCGGACCGGCUACGCGGGCUUCCUCCGGAAUGUGGUGAUCGCGCUCGGGAACACCGGCGGCCCCAGGGCGUUCCCGGCUCUCGCGGAGGCGCUGGAGCACCCGGAACCCCUGGUCCGCGGCCACGCGGGCUGGGGGCUUGCCCAGUUGGAUUCCACGCGGGCGAAACCCGUCCUUACGGCCCGGCUGACCCGGGAACGAGAUCCCGGAGUGAGAUCCGAACUGAACGACGCUAUCGCGAAGGCGCCCUGA